AGAUGUAACCGCGAAAAUGGUGCCAACGAAGACAAUCGAGGAAAAAUAAGUAAGAAAAUCUCUCUCCCCUCUCUCUCUCUCUCUCUCUCUCUCUCUCUCUUUCUCUCGAAAAUACAGUCUACUCUUGUACAGUGACAAGUCUUCUAUCACUUUUCUCACCGCACCGGAAAAAAAGAAAUUUCUAAUAAAAAUUAAGAAAAAAAAAACCAGAGAAAUCUCUCUCUCGCUCGCUCGUGUUCUUAUUUGUUUUCUUGCCGCGAAACCGCUCGGAGAUCUCUGCAAUAAGCUCCAAAACCACUAAUACUAUCAAAUGUGAUGGGAGGAGGUUUCUCGCGUUUCUUCCCAUGCUUGAAUCCGGCCAGCCAAAACCAUCACCCGGAUUUGAUAUUUACAGCUACUGAGCCUCUGGAUGAAACCCUAGGCCAUUCCUUCUGCUACGUCCGUUCGUCUGCCCGAUUCCUCUCUCCGUCUCAGUCUGACCGUAUCUCCCCUUCUCAGUCUCUCCGGCUCUCCCCCUCUCACGAGCCCGCUCUAAAAACCAGGUCCGGUUUGCCAGAAACCGCUUUCAAGGCCAUCUCGGGCGCUUCUGUGAGUGCUAAUACUUCGACUCCCAGGACUGUCCUCCAGCAUGACGUUAUUUACGACGACGCCACUGAAUGUGCUGGUGCUCCAAAGUCCAGUGUCGUCAAUGGCUUCGAGAGCACCUCGUCUUUCAGUGCUCUGCCGCUGCAGCCUAUCCCACGCGGCGGCGAUGCGUCGGGUACAAUUGAGCGAGGGUUCUUCAUGUCGGGGCCUAUUGAGCGAGGCGCACUAUCCGGGCCGCUCGAUGUGACCAGUGCUUCUGAUGGGGGAAGAGUCCCUUUCUCGGCUCCACUUGGUGGUUUUUACGUGAAAAAGAAGAGGAAGAAGGGGAUUUCUGGGAUCCGGAAGGCGUUUUACCGGAACUUCUCGGAGAAAAAACGACCCUGGGUGGUGCCGGUUCUUAAUUUCGUCGGCCGGAAAGAUGGUCCAGCGUCGGGGUAUGGAGGUGAACCGGAGGGAAAGAAUGAUAGCAACGUUCAGUGGGCCCAUGGGAAGGCCGGAGAGGAUCGGGUUCACGUCGUCGUGUCUGAAGAACAUGGAUGGCUCUUCGUUGGCAUUUAUGAUGGUUUCAAUGGCCCUGAUGCGCCGGAAUUCUUGAUGGGUAAUCUAUAUCGUGCUGUGUUUAAUGAACUCGAGGGAUUGUUUUGGGAUGCUGAGAAAGAUUCUUCAGUGCUUACAGGGCAAGAAAAUGGGAAUAGCGACUUAGAAAAUGAAGUUGGUGUGGAAGGAAAUGAACCGGGCCAGGAGAACACUGCCGGAGAGGCGGCAGAGGAUGAGGAAGUAGUUCAGAAGAACUGUGCCGAAAGGAUGGAAAACGAAGAAGUGUGUCAGAAAAACUGCGGUGAAGGGAUAGCAAAGGAUGAGGAAGUGGGUCAGGAGAAAUGUGGCGAUGAGGGGGCCAAGGAUGAAGAAGUUUUAGAGGGUGGCAAAGAUUUGAAUCCACCUUCUUUAAAUAGUGGGUCAGUCAAGAGAGUGACUUUCCAAUCAGAGCAGACGGUCUCAAGAAGGAAACUUCUUUGGGAAUUUCUUGCCGAAGCUGAGGCAGAUGAUGGACUCGAUCUUUCAGGUUCGGACAGGUUUGCCUUUUCUGUUGACGAUGCACUUCGCAUUAGUAACUCCGGUUCUUCCGUGAGGAAACGAUCUCUGUUGUUGUCCAAACUCAAAUAUGGGUUUUCCAGGAACAAGGAGGGUCAUACCAGGAAGUUGUUCCCAUGGAAAUACGAUUGGGAGGAUAAAGAGAAAAACGAAACUGAGAACAAAGUCGAGGAUAAAUCUUCUCGGAGCUUUAGGAAGCGCAGGGUGGGCCCAAUUGAUCACGAAUCAGUUUUAAGGGCUCUAUCACGCGCUCUCGAAAUUACUGAGUUGGCAUACUUGGAAAUGACAGACAAGGUUCUUGAUCGGAAUCCCGAACUGGCACUUAUGGGUUCCUGUUUGUUGGUUGUGCUGAUGAGAGAUGAAGAUGUAUAUGUUAUGAAUGUGGGUGAUAGUCGUGCCAUUGUUGCUCAAUAUCAAUCCCAAGCAUUCAAUUCUAGUAUGGAGCCAAAGGUACAGAGGAUUAAUGGGGCAGAAAUGGAGGGUAUUGUUGAAGAGUCAAGUGCCACUGGUAGUGCAGAAAAUGCAGGGGGGAAUGAGGCUCCUGCUCAAGUAAUGAGGUUGACUGCAUUGCAGCUGUCCACUGAUCACAGCACAAGCAUAGAAGAAGAAGUCUUACGGAUCAAGGCAGAACAUCCAGAUGACAACCAAUGUAUUGUUAAUGACAGAGUGAAAGGUCGUCUUAAGGUCACUCGAGCAUUUGGGGCCGGAUUUCUUAAACAGCCAAAGUGGAAUAAUGCAUUGCUGGAAAUGUUCCGGAAUGAUUAUAUUGGUACUGAACCAUACAUAUCCUGUUCUCCUUCUCUUUGUCACCGUAAGCUUGGUCCCACUGAUCAGUUCUUAGUCCUCUCAUCCGAUGGUCUAUAUCAAUAUUUAACCAAUCAGGAAGUGGUUUCUCAUGUUGAGAAUUUUAUGGAGAAGUUUCCAGAUGGAGAUCCUGCACAACACUUAAUUGAGGAGCUCCUAUACCGUGCAGCCAAGAAAGCCGGAAUGGAUUUUCAUGAGCUGUUGGACAUCCCACAAGGAGACCGCAGAAAAUAUCACGACGAUGUUACUGUUAUGGUGAUAUCACUUGAGGGAAGAAUUUGGAAGUCAUCAGGAAAAUACCUGUGAAACGCGUUUGCAAAUGGCUACACCUGUAUUAGUGACUUGAUACGAGUGAUUUCAGCAAGUAAAUCAAUUUACCUCUCAAGCCCAAUGUAAGUCUUACCAAGGGGCGACUGUCAUUCAAUUUAGCAAGUUCCAUUAGUGGCCCACUUUUCAUGGGUCGAAAGAGGAUUCUUUGCUUCACACUUACUCGGCAUAAGCUCACAGGAAGGAACCCCACGAAGAUGGUCGGGGUUGAUAUUUGAUAUUCCUGAAAGCUGCUGCUUCUUCAAAGUUCAAACAGAUGCAACGAUAGGUUUGGGAAUGAACCAAUUGGAGUCUGCAAGUGGAAUUGUUGGGAAGAGUCUUUUUGGGGAUAGAGUUGGUUUUCCUGUUAUGGGAUUUUGCACAGCGGUGGGGGCUCUUUGUGAAUCAUUCGUCUUUCCUCUUCUUUCUUCAUAUAUUUUUCCUCUGUAUUUUUUCUCUUCCAAGGAAAAUGUUGGGGGAACCGUCCGGGGGUUGUGGAGGAAUUACUGAUCCUGAACAUUUUCAUGUGAGAAAUGAACAGAACAUAUGUAAUCUCUCUCUUAGGUGGUCCUCCACCAAAGCGGUUUAUAAAAGGAAAGAAAAUUUUCCAUGAUUA